GACCGCGUAGCAUGGAUAUUUUAGACAUUCCUCUGACACCUAAACAGACCGAGUUAGUGCGGAAAAUAGCUCAAGAUGAGGGCAUCGCCAGAUACACCGUUGACGUAUCUGAAGGGUCGAUCAGAGGCGACGGUUACAUGGGUAUAAUAACCACGGUGAAAAUUAACGAUUGCAGAAGUCCGAUAGUGUUAAAUCUGGUCUUCAAGUCGUCCAAAUCCGACGAGCAGUUUCGACUGGUGGCACCUGUGAGGAAGGCUUACCUGAGGGAAAUCUAUAUUUACCAAGUCAUUUUUCCGGAGUUCCUGAAGUUUCAAAUAAAACACAGGGCGAAGAAAAAGUUUAACUCCCACGCUAGGUGUUUCAGGGCGGAAGAUGGUGAGUUCGAGGAAACGAUUGCUUUGGAGGAUUUGCGUACUAGGAGUUUUAAGUUGUGGGAUAAGCUAACACCCAUGGAUGAAAGCCAUGUGGCUUUGGUUUGCAGAGAAUUUGGGAAAUUUCAUGGAAUUUCUUUUGCCAUGAAACAACUGCGAAAGGAGAAGUACGAACUGUUGACCAAAGAUCUGAACAACAUCUUUGAAGGCGCAGAUUACGCAGCAUCACUCAAAAAAUUGAUUACGGAACUGUUUGGAAAAGCUUGUAAAAUUAUUCAACGGGAGGAUGUGAGGAAAGCCGUGGAAAAUUUUGGCAAAGAAGCAUUCGAUUUUAUCAAAGAUCGUACUAACGCACCAACGCAGAAUUCAGUUUUAUUGCAUGGAGACUGUUGGUGUAACAAUUUAAUGUUUAAAUAUGAUGAUAACAAUUCUCAAAAAACUCCUACACAGUUGUGUAUAAUAGACUGGCAAAUUUCAAAAGUUGGUAACCCAUGCCUUGACCUGGCAUAUUUUCUGUGGACCUCCAGCUCUAAAGGCGUCCUGGAGGACUAUCGGACCUACAUCAAAAUAUAUCACGACAGUCUAAUUCAAACCAUCAACGACCACAAUGCUGACCCAGGCAUUUACCCUUACGACGUCUUCUUGAGUGACUGGAAGGAAUUCGCCAAAUUUGGACUUUAUAUGAGUUUCAUCGUUUUGGAGGUCUUACUGGGGAAAGUCCAGGAGGAAACCGACAACAACGAUGAAAGUUCACAAACGAAAAAUCCUACUCACACUGAAAGAGUGAAUUACAUUGCUGAAAUUAUGUUCGACAACGGCCUCAUUUAAUAUUAUGUGUUCAUUAGCAAAUUGUAAACAAAUCUUAAGUCUGAUUAUGUUGUGAUAAAAACUUAAUUUUUGCAUUUUGCAGUCUUAUACUCUGUGUCUAUAUUUUUUAUAUUUUUUUCUAAUUAACCUUUUUUCGUGAUAGUUAAUUAUCGACAAGAGAAAGACUAAUGUAAAAGGUAGACAGAAAAAGUAAAGCUCCUUCAUAAAAAUGUGCAAUUAAUUAUUCAGAGUCACGAUACGAUCGUAAUUCAAUUUGUGCGAUAAAAUAUUUCAUUCCUAUUUUCGAGAUUAAGAAAAGCUCAAUCGUAAAAAAGAGACGCUACAAAGGUAUUAAAAGAGUAAUGAAGUAUACUGGUAGUAAAAUUUAUUGAGAAGUGCACUACCUCGAGAUCCACUUACAAAAUGUGGAAGCAAAUUUUCUCAUAAAAAAUGACAAUGUUUCGAGUCAAUAAAGUGAAGAUAUUAUAUUCAAUACAUUAAUGUGUGCAUAUAUGGUAAAUGAGUUGGAAUUUUUCUGUAUAUACACGCAUCACGUGAAAUCUACUUAAUGAAUUUUAAUAGUAGCAUACUAAUACUACAUUCUAAUUCAACAUUUAAUAUAAUUUUAUAUAAAUGUUUUUCAGGAAAAAUAAACAGCUAGGUCUAAAAAUAAAUAUAAAAAAGACAUUUGUUGUCGACAGUUUAAAAUUUUUCGAGAAGCGACAUCUUUGGUCGAGCACAACAUUUUUAUUAAAUAUGCAAACAUAGUUACAAAGUCAUAAAAAUAAAAAUUGAAAGCUGUUAAUGUUAUGUUCAUUUAUCAAAUUUUUAAAUAAUACAUAUUUACGUUUUUUUAUUUAAUAAAGAGUAAUAAAUAUGUUAUUACCAAAUCCUAAAACUUGAGUUAAAAUGUUAAAAAAAAAACAAAUUGUAAAUAGUAAAUAGCAAAUUCAAUAAAUACUGGACAUACGUUUAG